CCAUGAUGCCCGAGUGUUUACUCCACAAACAUUUUCGGGAAAUGCCCUCAACAAUAAUUAACUGGCUCUGAUCUGGACUCGGCUCUCAGCUCUAUUUUGUUAUCGGGUGAUUUCAUUCCUGACAAAAUGUGCGUCAGAUACCUUGGAUUUAUUCUUCUGAUUUGGUUUCCUGGAGCGCUACAUGCACAAAGUGCAGCACAGUCGUGUAGUGCUCCCAGACUGGAUGGUGGUUUCUUUGCCCCAAAACAACAGACUUAUUCUGACGGAACAAAGCUGAGCUAUACCUGUGUUGAAGGACGUAAACCAGCAGUGAAGGGUUGGUGGGCAACAAGCACAUGUCACAGUGGAGAAUGGUCUCCUGAACCACAGUGUAUAGAUGAAAAAGCCUGCCUGCCACCAGAUAUACCCAAUGCAAAAUACAUAGAAAACCGGAGUGGUUGGUAUAGGGAUGGACACAAAAUCAGGAUAACAUGUGAUGAAGGAUAUGAGCCCAAAUACAGACAUGUCACAGCCAAAUGUAAUGGUGGAACAUGGACGUCUCUGCCGGUCUGUGAGAAAAGUAUCAAUGCAUGUGGCGAGCCCCCUAAAAUCCCCCAUGCAGUCAUCAUUCAUCAGGAAUACCAGGAGGUAUUUGCUGCAAAUUCAGAGGUGCAGUAUGAAUGUGAAGAUGGAUAUACUGUAGAGGGAACAGACACCACAAAGUCCAUCUUUUGCAUCUAUGGCAACUGGACUGAAGGCCCAACAUGCAAAUCUUCUAGCACCUCUGGCUCGAAUGAGAGAACCAGUAGACCUCAAAUCACAACAGUCGACCACUGUGGAGCAUACCCGAACGUUCCAAACGGUGAUGUCGUGGAAAGGGAUCAAACGUAUAUAAAGUUCCAAUGUAAUGCUUUUUACACACAAGUCGGUUUAGGCACUGUGGUGUGUUACAGUGAUGGGACUUGGUCACAACUACCCAUCUGCAAAGAGGCGUUCUGCGUCCUGGAUCCUGCUGAACAUGUUGGGGCCAAUUUUAGACUAUCUGGAGUUGAGUAUUUAAAGGAAGGAGAGGAGAAACAUAUUGCGUGUAUUCAGCAGGAUUACAGCAGCCGUGUUCAGUGCACUAAUGGAAAAAUACAUUUCACCCAGUGCAUGGAAACUGAACCAGGUGCUGGACAGAACGGUUCCGCAGAGGUGGGAUCAGCUGGUGUAAACACUACAUCUACUGGGAGUGGGAUACACCCUGAAGGUGGAGGCAGCAGACCAGGUACUGGACAUGGUGGAUCUGCAGGUGGGGGACACACUACAUCUACUGGUGGUGGGACAAAGCCUGUGGGUGGAGGCAGCAGACCAGGUACUGGACAUGGUGGAUCUGCAGGUGGGGGACACACUACAUCUACUGGCGGUGGGACAAAGCCUGUGGGUGGAGGCAGCAGACCAGGAACUGGACAUGGUGGAUCUGCAGGGUCUGCUAGCAGCUCCGAAGAGAAAGAGACUCAACUUCAGAUAACAACAAUUACGACCUGUGGAAAUCACCCCGUAGUUCCUAAUGGUGAUGUUGUGGGAAACAAUCCAAUGUUUUUGAGGUACCAGUGUGCUGCAUUUUACAAACAAACGGGUCCAGAGAGAGUGGAGUGUUACAGCAACGGGAAGUGGUCAGAAACACCCACCUGCAAACCUGCCUUCUGUUCUUUGGACACUGGUGACUAUUCUGAAUUAAUACCUGUUGGAGUUAAAUAUAUAAAAGAUGGUGAGAAGGCGAGAUUUGAAUGUGUGCAUCAGGAUGAAUGGUGGACGACUCAUUAUUCUGUGGUUCGCUGCAAUAAUGGAAGAAUGAGACGUUCCAGAUGUUGUGACUGGUGGGACCUGAAGAGGGACAUUUGCUAAAGCUGUUUCACCAAGAGGAAGAUAACUGCCACAUUUGGAUUUGCUCACCACCGACUGAAAACAGCCUGGAAACCUUUCAGAGACGACUAAGUUACGAUUAUGCUGUUACACACUGUUUUUAUAUUAAUCUGCUUACAUCAUUUAGAAGCAAUGCUGUGCUUAAAGCUGCAAAAAUUAACUCAACAUUCAAAUAUGGUGUGUAAUUGACAUGCAGGGCUCAAUAAAGUCUUCUGCUGAGGUUUC